CUCCGGGUUUAGACUUCAGUAGAGAGGAGUUCAUCAUAUCUUGAUAAACUUGAGAUUUAUCAGAUUUAUCAGAUUUAUCAGAUUUAUCAUGCUUUUUGUCAUUCUUCUGCCAUGUUUAAUCCUGGUAGCAUCCUGUCAAAUCCUUCAGUGCCCUCAUCCAGACUUUUUAUCAAGGAAUGUUUGUGAAACAUGCAGAAGCGAGUUCCAGGUAGUUGAGUUUCUAAAGCAGAAGGGAGAAACGGGAAUAAUUUCGGUAUUUGGACCACCUUUCUCAAACCAUGCUCCGUUCUUCAGACCUACUGGAUUCGAACCCAGUGAUCCUUGUUUAAACAGACAACCAAGGACUGCUUAUACUUGCAACAUGAAGAACAAGAGACCUUACUGUUUUAAGGUUGGGUUCUACUGCUAUGGUUCUCAUAGUACAUUGACCGGUCAACUCAAUUCAGAAUAUAUUCAUUGUUUGGAUAACUUUACCUGGGAAAGACAACACCAGAUGGACGAUUUUGAUACAAAUAGACAGAGUAACCCCGAGAUUCAAUAGAUCCUGGACACUAGUCGAAAUAAUAAAUAAGAAGGGUUUUAA